GGAGCAUGGCCAAGCGGCUGAACCAGAUCGGGGUGGAGAACACGGAGGAGAACCGCCGCCUCUACCGCCAGAUCCUCUUCAGCGCCGACAGCCGGGUGAAGAAAUGCAUCGGGGGGGUCAUCUUCUUCCACGAGACCCUCUACCAGAAGGCGGACGACGGCACGCCCUUCGUGGACCUGAUCAAGGACAAGGGCAUCGUGGUCGGCAUUAAGGUGGACAAAGGGGUGGUGCCCCUGGCCGGCACGGAUGGAGAGACCACCACCCAAGGGCUGGAUGGUCUGGCAGAGCGCUGUGCCCAGUACAAGAAGGAUGGCGCAGACUUUGCCAAGUGGCGCUGCGUGCUGAAGAUCAGCGACAACACCCCCUCUGCCCUGGCCAUCCUGGAGAACGCCAACGUCCUUGCCCGCUAUGCCAGCAUCUGCCAGCAGAAUGGCAUCGUGCCCAUUGUGGAGCCGGAGAUCCUGCCCGACGGGGAACACGACCUGAAGCGAUGCCAGUAUGUCACCGAGAAGGUUCUGGCUGCCGUCUACAAGGCCCUGAGCGACCACCACGUGUACCUGGAAGGGACUCUGCUGAAACCCAACAUGGUGACCCCUGGCCACGCCUGCGCCACCAAGUACAGCCCGGAAGAGAUCGCCAUGGCCACCGUCACCGCCCUGCGCCGGACGGUGCCACCUGCCGUGCCAG